ACCCAGCUGUGUGUCCAUGAAGAGUGAUAAAUCAAUGGACGAGCCGAUUGUGUUCAAACACACAGACAGAGCUACUGAUCAGAGACUGCAAAAGAAGAAAUUGAGGAUAACUGACGAUUCGUUGGAGAACGUAUUCAAGAUGGACUGUGAAAGAGAAGAAACUUAGUGACUCUGAAGUAUACAGCUGUGGAUGAGUAAAGAACUACAAUCGCACUGUCCAGAACUACAACCGCACUGUCCAGAACAAUAAUCGCACUGUCCAGAACUACAAUCGCACUGUCCAGAACUACAAUCGCACUGUCCAGAACUACAAUCGCACUGUCCAGAACUACAAUCUCACUGUCCAGAACUACAACCGCACUGUCCAGAACUACAAUUGCACUGUCCAGAACUACAACCGCACUGUCCAGAACUACAAUUGCACUGUCCAGAACUACAACCGCACUGUCCAGAACUACAAUCUCACUGUCCAGAACUACAACCGCACUGUCCAGAACUACAACCGCACUGUCCAGAACUACAAUCGCACUGUCCAGAAGAGGACGCAGUCCUUUUUGGGUCAUUGAGAGCUGGAAGGCGAAGUCAUCACUCUGAUGAAGAAUGAGCUGAAGAGGUUUCAGAAGCUCCUGAGUCCAGAUUACCCAGCAUGCACUGAGAGGGAGGUGGAGGAUGAGGAGGAUCUGCACAGUGUCAGAGAGGGAGCGCUGAAGAUCACACUGCACGUCCUGAAGAAAAUGAAUCACACAGAUCUCGCUAACACACUGCAGAACAAGCUGUGUCCAGUGAUUGCGUGUCAACAAACAUUAAAAUCCACACUGAGAGAGAAAUGUAAAAGAAUUAAUGAAGGAAUCUCACAGCCUGGAAGUUCAGCACUUCUGAAUGAGAUCUACACAGAGCUCUACAUCACAGAGGGGUGGAGUGGAGACGUCAAUAAUGAACAUGAGGUGAGACAGAUUGAGACAGCGUCCAGGAGACCAGCAACACAGGAGACACCCAUCAAAUGUAACGAUCUCUUUAAAGACAAGUCCAUCAGAAGAGUGCUGACUAAAGGAGUUGCUGGAAUUGGAAAAACAGUCUCUGUGCAGAAGUUCAUUCUGGACUGGACUGAAGGAAAAGCAAAUCAGGACGUCACCUUCAUGUUUCCACUUCCCUUUAGAGAGCUGAAUCUGAUGAAGCAGAAACAUCUCAGUCUGAUGGAUCUUCUUCAUCACUUUUUCCCUGAAAUUAGAAAACUACAAUUAAUAGACUGUGACUCCUACAAAGUGGUGUUAAUCUUUGAUGGUCUGGAUGAGUGUCGACUUCCUCUAAAUUUCCAGAAGAAUGAGAGUUUGUGUGAUGUGACAGAGUCAGCCUCAGUGGAUGUGCUGCUGACAAACCUCAUCAAGGGGAAUCUGCUUCCCUCUGCUCUCCUCUGGAUCACCUCUCGACCAGGAGCAGCCAAUCAGAUCCCUCCUGAGUGUGUAGACCAGGUAACAGAGGUACGAGGGUUCAGUGAUCCUCAGAAAGAGGAGUACUUCAGGAAGAGGAUCAGUGAUCGGAGCCUGGCCAAUAAAAUCAUCUCACACAUGAAGUCUUCAAGAAGCCUCCACAUCAUGUGCCACAUCCCAGUCUUCUGCUGGAUCUCAGCCACUGUUCUAGAGAGAAUUUUGGGUGGAGCAGAGAGUGGAGAGAUCCCCAAGACUCUGACUCAAAUGUUCACACACUUCCUGAUCUUUCAGAUCAAACACAAGGACCAAAAGUACCAUCAGAAAUGUGACCCUGAUCCUCAGCAGACCAGAGAGAGUAUCCUGGCACUGGGAAAACUGGCUUUCCAACAGCUGGAGAAAGGAAACCUGAUCUUCUAUGAGGAAGACCUGAGAGACUGUGGCAUUGAUGUGAGAGAAGCGUCAGUGUACUCAGGAGUGUGUACCCAAAUCUUCAGAGAGGAGUUUGGGCUUCACCUGGAGAAGGUCUUCAGCUUUGUACAUCUGAGUGUUCAGGAGUUUCUGGCUGCUUUAUACACAUUUCUCUCCUUCAUCAGCAGAAAUGUAACAGAACAACCAACCACUGAUCUGUCUGAUCUUCUCGCCAAGUCAGACAUGUCUGAUCUCCUCAGGAGUGCAGUGGACAAGGCCUUACAGAGUGAGAACGGACACCUGGACCUGUUCCUCCGCUUCCUUCUGGGUCUCUCACUGGAGUCCAAUCAGACUCUCUUACGAGGCUUAAUGCCACAGACAGGAAGCAGCUCUCACAGCAAACAGGAAACAGUCGAGUACAUCAAGAAGAUGAUCAGGGAGAAUUCAUCUCCAGAGAAAUCCAUCAAUCUGUUCCACUGUCUGAAUGAACUGAAUGAUCAUUCUCUAGUGCAGGAAGUACAAACUUACCUGAACAGAGAAUAUUACUGUAGUCUCAGUGGAACCAGACUCUCUUCUGCUCAGUGGUCAGCUCUGGUGUUUGUGUUACUGAGCUCAGAUCAGGAACAGGAUGAGUUUAAUUUGAGGCAAUAUGAUCCAUCAGACGAAUGCCUUCUGAAGCUGCUGCCAGUGGUCAAAGUCUCCAGAAAAGCUGAUCUGUGGAGGUGUAAACUGACAGAGGAAAGCUGUAGAGUUCUGUCCUCAGUUCUCAGAUCAAACUCCUCCAGACUGAGAGAACUGGACCUGAGUUACAAUAAACUGCAGGAUUCAGGAGUGAAGCUGCUCUCUGCUGGACUGGAGAAUCCACACUGUGCACUGGAGAUACUGAGGCUGAGUGAGUGUGAUCUGACAGAGGAAAGCUGUAGAGAUCUGUCGUCAGUUCUCAGUUCAAACUCCUCUAGACUGAGAGAACUGGACCUGAGUUACAAUAACCUGCAGGAUUCAGGAGUGAAGCUGCUCUCUGCUGGACUGCAGAAUCCACACUGUACACUGGAGAAACUGAGUCUGUGUGGGUGUAAUCUCACAGGGGAAAGCUGUAGAGUUCUGUCCUCAGUUCUCAACUCCUCCAGACUGAGAGAACUGAACCUGAGUGACAAUAACCUGCAGGAUUCAGGAGUGAAGCUGCUCUCUGCUGGACUGAAGAAUCCACACUGUACACUGGAGACACUACGGAUGACUGCCUGCAGGAUUACAGAUGAAGGUUAUUCUGCUCUGGCUUCAGCUCUGAAUUCAAACUCCUCAACACACCUGAGAGUGCUGAGUCUGUUAGGUAAUAAAACAGGAGAAUCAGGAGUGAAGCUGCUCAAUGAUCUAAAGGAGGAUCCACACUGUAAACUGGGGACACUAUGCUUUUAGUCAUAGUACCUCACCAGGACUGCGAUGACAUGCGAUGUGUUUCUGCUCAGCAAGGCAUCCUGCAGUUUGUUGUAACAGGACACUAAAACAUUUCAUUCUCUAUUAAAGUGGUGAUGUUUAAUGCUGAUUUAAUCCUUUUUUCCUAGAGAAUAAUUUAAAAAUCUUUGUACAUUGUUAAUCUGUUUUGUAAUGGCAAUUAUGUUAACGACUCUGUUGCCUAAUUUGUUGUCAUUGUGAUUAAUGACUUCAACUCUGUCUACUGAUAGUUGGGUCCAGACCAGCAGGUUUCUUAACCCAAUUUUUCCAAAAACAUGAUAUUUUGUUGUAGAAAAGAGCAGAACUGGCACCUUAUUGUUUCUAUAUUAAAAUGUGUUAUUGGGUC